AAACAGCUGUUCAAAGCGGUCGACUUCAUGCACCAACACGGCGUGGCGCACAUGGAUCUGAAGCCGAAUAACAUCUUGAUCCCCGUUAACGGCGGCCGUCUGACUGUCAUCGACUUCAACAGGUCCUUGCGAGUCAAGGGUGUCGAACAUAGGUUCCGUGGUGUCAUGGGCACUCCCGAAUAUAUCGCCCCCAAGGUAGCCCUCCAUUCU